AUGAAAGUCGACCGCCUUCGUUCUGUCUGGGGUAUUGCGCCGGGUCCCAACUUGGACAAUUGGGCGCAAUUGUUCCCGUAUCUGAAGAAGCAAGGUUAUGUCGGCGUAGAGGUAGACAUCCAUGGAAUCGUUCCGGAACGCGACUUUCCACGUCUACGGGAAAUUUGCGAUGAGACGGGCCUCGAGAUCGGCGCGAUGGUUCACUCAUCGUGGUUUAUGUAUGCUGGGCCUCGUCCAGUUGGCCUGAAGGCAGAUGACCACCUUCGAAACUAUAGCGAGCUGCUUCAAUUGGUCAAGCAGCUGCGACCGAUAACCAUUAACUUUCAGUCUGGAGAGGACGCUUGGGAUGUCGAGGAAUCCAUCAAAUUCUAUCAAGGGACGCUCCAAGUGGACAAGGAGCUUGGACUCACUGGUCGUGUUACUCACGAGACUCACCGCAACCGUUCGCUAUUCACGCCUUAUGCGACACGAAGGAUUCUAGAAGCCGUUCCCCAACUCCGAAUUACCGCCGACUUUUCUCACUGGAUGGUUGGACUAGAGAGACUUUUGGAUAUCGGUGAGGGCGAUCGUGCUAUGAUCGAUGCAGUUAUCCCACAUGUGUAUCACAUUCAUGCCAGGAUCGGAACGACACAAGCAUCUCAGUGCCCAGAGCCACUCAAUCCUGUCUUUGAAGAAGAGAGGCUAUGCAUGGAAAGGAUUUGGACAAAGAUUAUCCAGAGUCGGUUUAAGCAAGAUGGUCCCGAUAGCGUAAUUACUUUUGUUCCUGAAUAUGGACCGUUCCCUUAUCACCCUAUCGGAAGCUCUAAGACGCACGGGCAAGUAGCCGAUGAAGAAGGAGUGCGCUUGCAAGGAUUGUUCGAAGGCAUUGCAGAGGGCCUGGUGAAAGCUUGA